AUGAAACCAAACAUAUCAUCAAUGGAGAAGCCAAAGUUCAAGACUGUCCAAGAGGUGGUUGCAACCGGCGAAGGACUACCGGAAAGAUAUCUCUACACAAACACGGACAACAGUGAAGGUCAAUCUCUUAAUGGUAUGGUGCAGGAAAUGGAUAUUCCGACCAUAGAUCUUAGUCUUCUCCUCUCUUCUUCUGAUGAAGGUCGAGAAGAGUUAAGUAAACUUCACUCCGCACUCUCUGAAUGCGGCGUUUUUCACGUGAUGAAUCAUGGAAUUACAGAAGCCUUUCUCAACAAGAUCUAUGAGUUAACUAAGCAAUUCUUUGCACUUCCGGCCGAAGAGAAACAAAAAUACGCAAGAGAGAUUAAUGGUUAUCAAGGUUAUGGAAACGACAUGAUACUGACGGACGAUCAAGUUCUAGAUUGGACCGACCGCUUGUACCUCAUGACUUACCCUGAAGAUCAACGUCAGCUUCAAUUCUGA